CCGAGAGGUCCGAUGUUGUUGUGGUUGUGGUGGUGGUGGAGGGUUGUUGCUGUCUAGGCUCGUCGUCGAGAGCGAGGACGUCGGCCAUCGUGAGGCUGAUUGUAGUUGCUUUGCGACGGAUCAUACUGUCGCUGCUCAUGCCUGGUUGUCUGUCAGUCUGUCUUGAUAUCGUCCUGCUGCUCUGCUUGAUUAUCAGCAGCACUCGACCGGACGCGUCUGAGGCUCAGAUGCGGUUGUUUUUAUUUUAUUUUGAAUUCGGGAUUAAGGUUCUACUUACGUACCGGCGCUGGGUCGGGGUUGGGAUAUGGUUAUUGCGGCGAUGGACCCUGAGUUUUAUCGUGUUAAUCUACUCGGGUUGUGGAGAGCGGGGAGGGAGAGUGGCUGGAGAGAGACUGGAGAGAGACUGGAGAGGAGGAGAAGGUGGUUGGGAGGGUGAUGGUGGGAGAGGUGAAGAGUUGAAGUGGACGGUGAUGUCGCGUCUGGUUCUCACCGCGCGUUGUCAGUAUUCUCGCGAGGCAGCUGACGUAGUUCUGUCUUCUUCCUUCUCUGAGAUCAGAUUGUUCAGCAGCAGCAGCAGCAGCAGCAGCAGCAGCAGCAGCUUAGACACUGCUCAGCAACUCAUCAGCUCACCGAGAAGUAGACAGGCUAACCGCAUCAGAUACACCGCAACACCCCUGCACCGCUCACCGUUCACCAUCGCUGAUCCACAUGACUCUCUGCCUCUGUCCCAUGACCUCGCUGCUCCCGUCCACUAAGCCGUUUGCUGCUCUUCUGCUCUUAGUCCGUCCGUCGACUGUUUCAUGCCGCGGAGCUGUCCGGUCCUGUCCUGUUAUCUGCUAUCUGCUAUCUGUCUUCGCCGUCCUGCUCCUCCUCUACUCAACUCCCUCCUCCUCGUAAAAUACCUAUCACUAUCAGCAACGCUCUACUUCAUACUUAAUCAACUCCAGCUUUCCCGGAUCUAAAUUAAACGUCAAACAUAGUCACUCUCCAAC